AUGAUUGUUGGAUCUAAACAGUCAAUUGAGAAAGAUAGAGUGUCUACCUCAUUAAAAACAAAUCCAGAAGCAAUCAUGGAGGGAAUGUUAACAACUUGCCUUGAAAUGCAAAAGAAGCAUAGUUCCAUGCAGGAUGCAAUUUUAAAAAAACUGGAGAAUUUCAAGGAACUGUUGGAACAGACACAGCAAGAUGUUGAACAAGGUGAUCUCGACCCUCAUACUGCAUUUCUAAGGAUACAUGAAUCGUACAAGAAGUUUCACUUCCAAAAACCACAAAAGGAAUUUGAUAGUGCCAUGAAAAAAUUACAUAAGGAAAUUGAUAGGAGAUUCAAACAAGAUAUUUCGGCUAUUUAUCAUCCAGAAGCCUUUGUUGGAAAAAAGAAUGUCAUUAAUCGUAGUUUAGCAUUGCACUUUGUUCGACAAGGACAAUUUGAGCUCUGUGAAGAAUUCUUAAACGAAGCAGAUAUUCCCGCAGAUGACGAGAUACGGGAUACUGUUGAACAGUUAAGGCACCAGUUCGAGCAAAUGUAUACCAUUAUGUAUCAGCUUGAAGCAGAGCAAGAUCUGACAGAAGCUAUCAAAUGGGCGCAAGAGAAUCAUGACGGGCUUGUCAAAUUAGGAAGUACGUUAGAGUUCAAUCUACACAAAAUAAGAUUUAUCCAGCUGUUAUUAUCUGGGGAAGCUAUACAAGCCAUUCAGUAUGGAAGAGAACAUUUUACUCCAUUUGGAGAGAAACAUUAUGCGGGCCUGCCAGCUUAUAAAGGUUGCUUUACAGACAUCAAACGAUUGAUGACGGCACCAUUAUUCAUUAAAGAUUUAGCAAACUCACGAUAUGCCGAUUUAUGUUCACCAUCGAAUUGGGUGGAAAUCAAACGAGAGUUUCAAAAGGAUUUCUGCUCUUUAUUAAAAAUGAGUGCUGAGAGUCCGUUAUAUACCAGUGUUUAUGUGGGCACAACAGCAUUACCAGUCAUCAAAAAGGUUUAUACCAUUAUGGCAAGUAAAAAGACAGAGUGGAGCCAGCAGGAUGAAUUGCCAGUUGAGAUACCUUUGAAUGAUGAUUUGCGGUAUCACUCUGUAUUUGCUUGUCCCGUCUCCAAGGAACAGGCGACUGAUAAUAACCCUCCCAUGAUGAUGCCAUGUGGACAUGUUAUCUGCAAAGAGAGUUUAAUGCGCUUAUCUAGAAGCAGCAGAGCCAGCUCCAGGUUCAAAUGCCCUUACUGUCCUAGUGAAUCUUCAGCGGAUCAAGCGGUGCAAGUUUACUUUUAA